GGCUUUUUGAUUUGCAUUCGCGACCGCGAAGUCAUUAUGAACAGUCCUAAUUCUGACUUCCAUCUCAGUGCUCUGAACCCAGCCUCCGGGCUUGAGGUGACUGGAUGCUUUAGCAUACAGCGCCCGCCAAUGAAGGAUGCUUCCGUAGAGAGACCUCAGGCGGAUGAAAUCGAAGUGACUUUUCCCCAAGGUCCAGUUCAGAGUGCAAUCAUCCAGGAUGAAUUCUACAUUCGAUGGGACUCAGCCGGCUGGAUGGGGCCCAGGUCAGUGCCGACGACUUUAUACUUCGGGUACUGAUCCCCAAAUCGAUGGCCCAAAUCCCGGUUCCUGUCCAAACAUCUAGUACCCGCUCAGGCCCAUCGUUGCCUUCCAUGGGAAUGGAUGACAGAGGAUUUUUGAGGAGCAUCAAAAGCGCAGUAUAUAUUAAGUCAAGACCCUCAUUCUGUAUUUGGUCGUUUGGGGCCCAGUACUCUCCUGUUUUCAACUAUUUUGAUACGUUCGGCCGUGCAAUUGGCGAUAGUCGAGAAUGCUCGAAGAGACCGAGGUUGCGGAAGAAUAGAUGCUGGAUGUUUUUGACUCGUGGAACUGGUCUUCGUCAUAAACGACAGUUGCUACCUCAAUGCGCGAUGGCAUACUGUCGGUUCCUUGGUCUCGCCUUUCGCCCCUUGUUUGUACUAAUCGGUGGUAGUAUCCGUUGACUGAAGGAACUUUGGAAAUACCCAAAUCUCAAUAGCCGAGCACGCGCCAUUUCUGUUGUCGGAAACCUUGGAAUGUUUCCUCUAUUUUCAAGUAGUUGUUGAUCUAUGAUGAGUCUUGAUGCAGGUGUUGGUAUUCCUUUCACA